AUGAAGCCAGCAGGCACCAUUCUACUUCUGAUCAGCCUGGCCUGUUUGUUCCUCUAUGCAGGAGCUGUGAGCCAAGGAGCCUUUCAGGCUUUUUGCAGAAACUAUGAGAAGACACUGGGUAGGGAUGAAAAGCCAUGCCCAAAGCUCAACAAACCAGUGUGUGGCACUGAUGGAAAAACUUACCAAAACCGCUGUGAAUUCUGCCGAAUAGCCAUGGAAAGAAGUUUUGGAAAACUUGAUUUCAAACAUGAAGGGAAAUGCUGA